AUGGAAGAAAAGUUAAAUGAAAUGGAACAAGCUGGUAUCAUCACAAGGACAUCAACGCCUUACAGUAGUCCAUUGACAUUCACUCUUAAAAAAGACGGCUCAAUUAGAGUUCUGCUUGAUGCCAGAAGCAUAAAUAAGAAAAUGGUUGCAGAAACAGAGAAACCACCUAUACAAUUAGAUAUUUUGAAUUCAUUUCACGGAGCGAAUUAUAUCACUACCAUUGACUUAAAUAAUGCAUAUUUUCAAAUUCCGAUAAAUAAAGAUGGUAGAAAAUAUACUGGAUUCACAUUCAAUGGAAAGUCAUAUGUAUAUAAUGUUUUGCCGCAAGGAUUAAAAACAUCAGUAGGAAGCUUUAGCAGAGCCAUGAAUUUAAUAUUAGGACCAGAAGUCCAAGAAUUUUGUGUGAACUAUUUAGAUGAUCUAGCCAUUAUUACAACAGGAACGUUAGAUAAACAUUUGGAGCACAUUGAUAUUGUUUUAAGUAAAUUGAACAAAGCUGGCUUAACGUGUAACUUGCAGAAAUGUGAAUUUAUUUGUAAAGAAAUUAAAAUGCUGGGUUUUAUAAUUUCAACAGAAGGCAUAAAGACAGAUCCCGAUAAGAUUCGAGCGAUCCAAGAGUUUCCAGCACCUAAAAAGAUUAAACAAUUAAGGGCCUUUUUAGGUCUAUGCAAUUUUUAUAGAAGGUUUAUACCAAAUUACAGCGAGAGCAUAAUACCGCUCUGUGAAUUACUUAAAAAGGGACGAAAGUUCCAAUGGAGCGGUAAAGAACAGAAGGCAUUUGAUUUUAUAAAACAACAAUUUAUUAAUACAAUACAAUUGCAUCAUCCAGACUUUAAUAAGCCGUAUUAUUUACAAACAGAUUGUUCCGGUGUGGGUAUGGCCGGAGUACUAUAUCAGAUAGAUGAUAAUAAUGAAAUGAGAAUUUCAGGCUAUCAUAGUAAAGCCUUAAAAGGCCCCGAAUUAAAUUGGUCUGUUACUGAACAAGAGUUUUAUGCUGUAAUAAGCUGCCUAAAGAAAUUUGAAACAUAUUUGAGGGGCAGUAAAGUAAUAAUACUAACUGAUCAUAAAGCAUUAUUGUUUAUUAAUAAUAUGAAGUUAUUCAAUGGUAGAGUAACCCGAUGGAUUUUGUAUAUAGAACAAUUUAAUUAUGAAGUACAGCAUAUAUCGGGUAGACGUAAUAUUGUUGCAGAUGUGCUAUCACGUUAUCCUCCUGAUGGCGAUUUAAUACAAGAGGAUAAAAAUAAUAGUUUAGAAAUUGCUUACACAGAGAGCGAACCGAAUAUUGAGUUGAUAGAAAAAUUAAAAUCCUUAACAGUAUAUCAAUUACAAGAUUCAGAGUCGUUGGCUAUUAUUGAAAAGUUAAAGACAUUAAAUACUUCCAUAAUAAAACAAAACAAUAAAUUUAAAAGGUAUAGUUUGAAAAAUGAUGUAUAA